AUGUCUUUUGCCCAACUGAAGGCUACGCGCAACUUGCGCAACACGCAUGCCAGGCACUCGUAUGUCACCUCAGAUCCUCUCAGUACGCGUCUACAAGCUGCAGAAGACUCAAUCGAGCACCAAGUGUCCAAUCCUGACCCAACUCUUGGUUCUACACCAACACUCUACAAGUCCAUUCCCUCUUCUUUACUAGAGGUUAAAACGGAUGCUACAAAAGGACGUGGGCUGUGGACCAAGCAACGUAUUCCUUCUGGCCAGAAUAUCCUCGCUCUUCUGCCCUAUGCGGCGGCUCUUUCGAGCGGCAAACUGAGUACAUAUUGCUCUUUAUGCUCCAGCGCUUCCGUCUCUCCACUGCGAUGCACGCAAUGCCAGAUGGUUUACUACUGCGACGCGACGUGCCAAUCCGCUGACUGGCCAGUACACAAGUUUGAAUGUCCCGCUUUGCGUCGCUGCAUACCCGCAUCUGCGACUGAAGAAACAAGCGAAGAUAUGGCACAGGGAGUCGCGAUCCCCGGCGAUGCGGUUCGUUGCCUUGCGCGUAUGAUGUGGCGGAAGAGGAGGAAGGGUCUAGCGAGGCGCAAGAAAUUGACGCUAUGCAAGCGCGUGAAUCCGCCUGCCACGCCCUCUGCCCAAGAACAACACACCCAUCUUGCAUUAUCUCUUGUACGGUUCCUUGGCCUCAGCUCGCCGCAAGAGUUGGCGGAAUUUGGGAUCAACAGUGGUGCAGAAUUGGCCCAAAUUGUUGCCAAAUUCACCCCGAAUACCUUCACUUUGAGCGCCCCCGAUCUGACACCCAUUGGCGCCUGCAUCUCUCCGCCUGUCGCCCUGAUCAACCAUUCCUGUCAACCCAACGCUGUUGUGGUGUUUUCGGGGAGCGAUAGAGGCAAAGAACCGAUUUUGCAUGUCGUCACAAUCCGCGAGGUCGAGGCCGGCCAAGAAAUAUUAACGGCUUACAUUGACACCACUCUGCCACGAAUCCAACGCCAACAUGCAAUAAAAGAAACCUACAAUUUCGAUUGUGUUUGCGUGCUCUGCGGACAGGAAGGGAAGCGGGCAGAUCCAAGAGAGUCCGUUUGGUGCUCCAAACGAUGUGGCGGGUUGUGUCCCAUGCCGACUGAAGAAGACCCAUUGUCACAAUGCGACUCCUGCAAUACUGUGCUUCGCGACACCGAUGCAGUUUUGGACGCAACACGAGUUGGUCAGCAAGGGCUUGACAAAGCCCAAACAGUCCAAUUUUCUGAUCGUAGCAAGUCCCAGCAGCUAACGACAAAUCUUAUCCCCAUUCUCGCCUCCGCCGGGCUUACUCCUGCUUCCCAUCCACUGCUUGCUCUGCGCAGGCUGCAUUUGGGAAUGCUCAUCGAGGAUGUCUCAAUCGUCUCAAGUUCCUCUUCCCUGGCCGCUGCCGAAGCACAGAAAAUAUUGGAUGAGGCAGUCAUUACCGCUACACAAGUCUGUGCUGGGUUGGACAUGAUCAUGUCAUAUGGGCAUCCCGUGCGGGGUUUGGCGCGAGCGGAACUAGGGAAACUGCUGGCUGUAGAUGAGCCGGAACCCCGUUUGUCUCCACCAACAGCUGCUCCAGGUCCAUUUCCUCCGAGUGGCUCAGCUCGUCUACGACUGGCAUUGGACACAUUAUUACUCGCUCGUGAGGAGUUGAAAAUUGGGUUUGGUGUGGCUAACGAGGGCGGAGAUAUAGGACGUGUGGUCAGGGAAGAUAUUGUGCGACUGGAGAAGGAGCUGGGAAUUUGGAAAGCAAGAGGCGGGGAAGCGAUGAGGGACGCAAAAGCCGGUAACUUGAAGUAA